GCCGUGGGCUAUAUGUCAGUAAGGAAAGAAAAGAGAAAGUAUCCAGCCAGCCAGCCAGCCAGCGAGCAACUGACCAGUGGGCCCGAUGGACGACUUCGAUCCAGUCCCCUCCGACUGCGACGACGGCGAUGGCGGCGUCGCCGCCGCCUCCUCCUCCUCUCCCGGCCGUUCCAUCUGCCACGCCGGCUGUGGCCGCCCGUCCCGCGUCUGCCUGUGCCCGUACCUCCCUGCCUCCCCUCUCCAGACCUCCACGACCAUCGUCAUCCUCCACCACCCGCACGCCCUCCGGCGGAACCCGCUCUCAACGCUGCCCCUCCUCGCGCGCUGCCUCUCCAACCUCCGCCUCGUCCCGGGCCGCCGCCUCCUCCCCUCCUCCACCGCUCCCGCCCCGGGCCCCGUCCUCCUGCUCUACCCGUCGCCCGCCGCCUCCGACCUCGUCUCCUGGUGCCGGUCCACGCCGCGGCCCGCGCGCGCCGCCCCCACCCUCCUCCUCCUCGACGGCACCUGGAGGCAGGCCAGGGAGAUGCACGCGGCCAGCCUGGCCGUGCUCGCGUCGCUGGGCGCGGUCCCCGUCGCCCUCCCCGUCGACAGCCGCGCCGACGGGGACAGCAUGUUCGAGUCCGACCUCGUGGUGAGGAAGGAGCCGCGCAAGGGGUGCGUCAGCACCAUGGAGGCCGUGGCGAGGGCGCUGCGGCUGCUGGAGCCGGAGCGGGAGGGCGCCGUGGUCGAGGAAACCAUGCUCGGUGUGCUCCGCGCCAUGGUCGCCUUCCAGACCGAGCAUCUGCUGCACCGGACGGUGAAGCCUAGAGCGAAGAUGAGGAAGAAGAAGGAACUCAGGAGGGAGCAGGAGAUGCAGAGGGAUGCUGUGGACUGAUGCGGCUUGCUCGUGGUGCUGUGUGGAAUUUCUUGCCUUGGAAUCUAUCACAAAAUCCACCAGACUCCAGCAGUGAAGGUCUGAUUUUACCCAGGCAUAUCGAUGGUCUCUUCACUUAGGAUGCAUUGUUGCUUAGCAUAACCGGAUCAUGUUGGUUCUAGCUCAAAAUGCCUAUGUCUUUCCGAUGUUGUAAGCUGGGUUCAUGUUGAUUCUAGCUCAAAAGGAUUCUGUGACGCAAUUAUUCUCCUUUAAUCAUAUGUUCAACUAAUUCGC